AAAUUCACAAAAUCUGAAAGAGAUUUUAAUCACCCUAACAACACAACGCUUAUUAUCGGAACAAUUAUAAACAGCUGCUCAAUAUCGUUCUUUGUUGUUGUCACCAACUCUCCUUUAAACCUCAGCGUCAUUGUUGCUUCGCUUUUUUUGUGUGCCAUGAGACCUGUUUUGGACCAGCUGUCGCCCCGUACCGUGAGAGGCGUUGACACAGAGGUCUGUUGUGGUGAUUUCAGUUUUUUCCAGCGGACAACAGGCGGACACAUCUCACCUGUCUGACCGGAGCUCGGACACUGUGACGGGCGACAGCAGGAGCAGCGCCCCGGCUACCUGAAGGUUUUCGCAGCGUGUGGGACAAGAUGAGCUCUAAAGGGGGGGGCACCGCUCUGACCCGUCGGAACUACAGACUGUCUUCGGACACAGACAAACCCAAAGCUACAGGUAUCGUGAAUGAGAAGCUGCUGAGUGACUACCUGCAUCAUGUGUUUCCCUCCACCAAACAGGGACCUGCAGUGGCUUCUCUCAGGAAGCCUCUUGGUUUCCAGGAUCUUGGUUCUCACCUGGAGAGUCUUCUGUCUGAGGGAGAACCCAUAGAGGACAGCAAAGAUCAACCUGUCGAGGGUCGCCUGGGUCCUCAGCCGGUCGUCCUGGAUCACACCAGCGGCUUCGAAGGACUCCUGUUUGUAGACGACGACCUGCUGGGGGUCAUUGGUCACAGUAACUUCAGCUCCAUCAGAGCUACCACAUGUGUUUAUAAAGGGAAGUGGGCGUACGAGGUUCUGAUCUCCUCACAGGGUCUGAUGCAGAUCGGCUGGUGUACACUCAACUGUCGCUUCAACCAGGAGGAGGGUGUGGGCGACACGCCUGAUUCAUAUGCGUACGAUGGGAACAGAGUGAGGAAGUGGAACGUGACAACCACAAACUACGGGAAGUCGUGGGCAGCGGGAGACAUCGUCAGCUGUCUGAUAGACCUGGAUGAGGGAACCAUCACGUUCUGCUUGAACGGACAGUCUCUGGGCACGGCUUUCACCGACAUAAAGACGGGUCCAGGUGUCGCCUACUUUCCCGCCAUCAGUUUAUCUUUUAAAGAGUCGGUGGCGUUUAACUUUGGCAGCAGACCUCUCAGGUACCCUGUGGAAGGUUACCUGCCCCUGCAGAACCCCCCGGCCUCAGAGCUGACGAAAGCUCACAAGCUGCUGGGAUACAUCAAAAAUGUCCUCUGCACAGCCAUCGAUGUUCAGGACGACAGGCUGGUGCAGAAGGACUGUUCAUUGUGGAGGCUUCAUGGAGAGCCGACGAUCCUCAUCACUCUUGCUCACAUCUUCAACCACUUUGCUCCUCUAAUGUGUAAGGUGUACCUGGUGGAGGAUGUGCUGAUGAACUUCUUGUUGGGGAUUCUGGAGGGAGGAGGUUCAGUUGAUGAACAUCCGCUCAUACAACAACUUAUGGAUCUGUUCUGGUUGCUGAUGGAGGACUAUGAAGUGAACGAGUGUCUGAAGCAGCUGAUGAUGUCACUGCUCAGAGCCUAUCGUUUCUCUCCGAUCAUCCCUGACCUGGGCUUCCAGAUCCACUACUUGCGUCUGACCACGGCCAUCCUGCAUCAUGAGAAGUCCAGAAAGUACCUGCUCAACAACGUCCUGUUCGACGUCCUGCGCUCCGUUGUCUUUUUUUACAUCAAGACUCCUCUGAGGGUGAAGGAGGCGGGGCUUGAGGAGCUCAUCCCCACCACCUGGUGGCCCACACACUUUGACAAGGAGGGUAAAGACGAGCGUGAGCCCAAAGAUGAGAGUGCAGACGAGCGUCUGAGGCGUCGAGCGUACGAGCGCGGCUGUCAGAGACUGAAGAAGAGGAUCGAAGUGGUGGAGGAGUUGCAGGUUCAGAUCCUGAGGCUGCUGCUCAAUAACAAAGACAAGUCAACGGGAGAAGCCUCUCGCUAUAUUUUCCUCAAUAAGUUCAGGAAGUUUCUCCAGGAAAACGCCAGCAACAGAGGGCAGCAUCCGACGGCUCUGUGUCCUCCUGAGUACAUGGUGUGUUUCCUGCACCGGCUCAUCACGGCGGUGAGAACCUGCUGGGAUGAAGGCAACAGGAAGAAUCCAGGCAGCGUCAGGAGUGAAGAGGCCUACGUCCCCCCACAGCUCUUCUACAAUGGGAAGGUGGAUUACUUUGACCUCCAGAGACUGGGGGGGCUCCUGUCCCACCUGAAAAAAACGCUCAAAGAUGACCUGGCGAGUAAAGCCAACAUCAUCAUCGACCCUGCAGAGAUUCAGUCCACAUCGAUGGACGACCUGGACGAGGACGAGGAGAGCGGAGCGGCACAGAGGCCGUUUGGUGCUGCAGCGAUGGGCGGCGCUCUGGCGAGGCCAAGCUGGUUGAGUUCUCCCACUUUGGGUCGGGCCAACCGGUUCCUGAGCACGGCGGCUGUCAGUCUGAUGACCCCCAGACGACCCCUCUCUCAGCCUGAGAAAGUGAAGGUUCGCACACUGACUGUGGAGCAGAGGACGGAGGAAGACAUUGAGGGCAGCCAUGGUAAUGACGGCCUGUUGCUGGGGCGACCGCAUGAGGAGCCUGAGCAGCCAGUGGCCGAUAAGUCUUUGCUGGAGAUCGUCGAUGGGAUCGUGAUGAUGUACAACCUGAGUGUCCACCAGCAGCUGGGAAAGAUGGUGGUGGUUGCAGACGAUGUCCACGAAUACGCCGUGGCGCUGAAGGACACUGACGAGAAGAUCGCUCGCUGCCCCGCACGAAGAGCAGAUAUCCUGGAAGAGCUGCAGAAAAGUCAGAAGGUUUUCUCAGAGAAGCUGAACCACCUCAGCAGGAGACUGGCCUGGAUCAACGCCACCAUCUACUCCAAGGAGAAGAUGCUGGACGUGUACUGGUUGCUGUGUGUUUGUAUUCGGACCAUCGAACACGCCGACAACACCAGCUCCUUGUUCGCCUUCGCUCCCGAGUUCUACCUCAAUGUGGCGAUGAACGCCUACAGCGCCCUGAAGAACUACUUCAGCCCCGCCAACAGCAUGGACGAGCUACCAGGUUAUGAAGAGACACUGGCAAAGCUCGCUGCCAUCCUCGCCAAACACUUUGCUGACCCACGCAUCGUUGGAACAGAUAUCAAAGAUUCUCUGAUGCAGGCCUUGGCCAGUUAUGUCUGUUACCCACAAUCCCUCAGGGCAGUGGAGAGGAUCCCAGAGGAGCAACGAGUGGCCAUGAUGAGGAACCUGUUGGCUCCGUAUGAACAGAGACCCUGGGCUCAGACCAACUGGAUACUGGUCAGACUGUGGAGGGGCUGUGGUUUCGGUUACAGAUACACUCGCCUGCCUCACCUCCUCAAAACCAAACCUGAGGACGCCAACCUACCUAGUCUGCAAAAGCCCUGUCCGUCCUUGCUGCUGCAGAGACACAUGGCGGAGCUGCUGAGUAUGGACAAAGACAUGGCCGCCUCGUUCCUCAACAGCGUCCUGAACCAGCUCAACUGGGCCUUCUCGGAGUUCAUCGGCAUGAUCCAGGAGAUCCAGCAGGCGGCUGAGCGUCCAGAGAGAAACUUUGUUGACACUCGUCAGCUGAAGGUGUGUGCGACCUGCUUCGACCUGUCCGUCAGUCUGCUGCGAGUCCUGGAGAUGACCGUCACUCUGGUUCCUGAGAUCUUCCUGGACUGGUCCCGACCCUCAGCAGAGCUGCUGCUCAGACGACUGGCUCAGUUGUUGAACCAGGUGUUGAACAGAGUGACGGCAGAGAAGAACCUGUUUGAUCGUGUUGUCAACCUAAGACUGCCAGGUCUGGAGAGUGUGGACCACUACCCCAUCCUGGUUGCUGUCACAGGGAUCCUGGUUCGGAUUCUUGUGGAUGGAGACAGACAGGGGAUAUCCCGGGCUGCCUCCGUCCUCCUCUCCGACCCUUGUUUCCAGCUUCACUCCAUCCAGCACCUGUUAGGGGAGGGGGUGGAGCCAUCCAGCUCCUCAGCAGGAGCUGCCACCUCCACUGCUCGUCCAGUGGUGGGAUCUUUGGGCUCGUCUGUGGCCCCUCCCAUCCCCUCAGCCGCAGGAAACUCUGGGUCGUCGGAGCGCAAACACUUCUCCCUGCACGCAUACACCGACUACAUCAGCGAGGAGGAAAAACACAAGGUGGAGCUGAUGUUGACGUUCCUCACAGAAGAGUCCAAACAGGCUGCAGCCAGCACAGCUCCGACCUGUGAAGAAGACCUCUGUCCCAUCUGCUACGCUCACUCCAUCUCUGCUGUGUUCAAACCCUGUUCCCACAAGUCCUGCAAAGCCUGUAUCAACCAACAUCUGAUGAACAACAAGGACUGUUUCUUCUGCAAAGCCACAAUCACCGGGGUCGAAGACUACAGCAAGCCAGCCACCUCCUAACACACGCACACGUACCCACACGUACCCACACGUUAGCUGUAAAGAUCAUAAGGUAAAACGACGUAUAAAAAGAAUAAAGAUUGUGUGUAAAGUCUGACAUCUUCCUACUUCAUCACAUCAGUGAACAGAUGUUCAAGGCAAAUCCUCUCAACUUCCUGUUCACUGAACACGAGACGAGCAGGUCGACCUGCAGUGAUGUGAAAGGUUGAGAGAAGAAGACGGAGGCUGGGGAGACGCUCUGUCCUCGUCCGUCUUUGUUUGUUUCUCAGAGACUUGAAUAAACGUAAAUGUUUCAAACUCAACAGUAGAUUCCACGACUAAACGCUUCACGAUUCUUUUCCCUGAACCUGAGUCCCUGUGGAAGUGGAGACCUGAUCAGCCCUGACGCUGAAAGAAAAAUAAUUUUAUUCACCUGUAACAAUGAUAACCAGUCACAGACGAUCACAUUCAUUCAUACCGACACAGACUUUACAAAGAUGAUCUAACAAAUAAUGCAUAAACAAACAGAAUCCCUCAGAUCGCUACAUAUCUAAUAUUAGCAUUAGCAUUAGCUGCUGUUCAAUAACCAACUUCUGCCUCUGGAGGUGAAAAGUAAUGUUACAACCGUUUCUUCUGUUUCUAUCAGUUCUUUGCUUUUACUCAAGUUAGCAUGCUAACCAGCUAGCCGCGGCCCGUCUGGUGCUCAGAGGACGAGUUAUAACCUCAGGUCUUUAAACACAACGUUGGCUGAAGUCAUGUGCAUUCACAACACGCUGCUCAGAAGACCCCCCCCCCCCCCCCCCCCCCCGAGUUAUGAAGUCGUUGUUUUCCGACUUCGGUGUGUUCAUGAGCUUUGAGGUGGGAACGUGGGAAAAACACGGCCACUGUAAACAGAAUGUGUUGUUUUAAUGUGUUAAGAGCAUUUUAACUGAACGUUUCCUCUUUCCAAAUAUUUGCAUAAUAACAAAGAGCAAAUCAGGUUUGACUGGCAUUUCAAUGAUAAUAAUAGUGUUUUUGUAACUAAUGUAGGUCACUAUGUGGACAGAACCAUCACGACUUAAUGUUUGAUUUAAAAUUAAAAAUAUAGAUAUUUGAUAUGUAAAUUAUCUAUGAUAUCCAACAUUUUUGCCGAAUAUCACAGUUAUUGAUCAUAUUCAUAAAUCACAACACCUGACAAAGUGACAAAGUUGUUCACUUGAAAUUCAAACUUUCUAUUCAGAGCAGAGUUUUCCAAUAACACACACACACACACACACACACACACACACACACACACACACACACACACAGUAGGUACGCUCGGCUGUAAAAAACAAGAUGACAGGACUCCCUGUAGUCUGUACAGCAUUGAUAAACACACACACACUCUCACACACACACACACACACAAACACACUGAACCUCCUCAGUAAAAACCUCGACGGAUGACAGCCGCGUCCUUGAGUGUGAGAACUAGCUGUCACAUUAGCACAACAAUUCACCUCUACCUGUCAGUGCAGGUACACUAGACACACGCACACACACAGGAUGGCAUAUGUCUCCUCUGUGGAGGAGCACCAACACAAAGACACACACUCGGGGAACAAAGGAAACCCUCCUGUGGAUAGAUUACUGAAGGCGUCCGCUGGAGACGACCCCUCUGUGUCCACAGAGAGACAAACUGUGUCGGACACUUAACGACCUUUAAGAGACGAACAACCAUGAAAAGACUCAACACCACCGCAAAGUCACGGGAAACUACUACAUACUGACCCCGAUGUUACAUGAUCAGAGACACGGCAGAGUCUGAAGCCACUGUAACUGUAACCUAACAUACUUAAAAUACUCAAUUACUUUACUACACAUUCGGUCUUCAACGUGUCACACACACACACACACACACACACACACACACACACACCUCCACUCAUAAUCUUAGAAUUGUGGCUUUUUAAAGGACCAGUCUGAAAUUUUUACAAAACACAAAAGUUGAAAAGGAAUUGUGAAAAUGUCAGACUGUCCCUUUAAGUAGACACAAAGGACGGAGUUUUGACUAAAACUUAAUUUUUCCUCUGAACAUCGCAUCCUGAUGAACCUCAAUUCAACUUGUGGUGCUGAAGUUUACUGCAAAAUAACGUGUUUUUCUUUUUUCUGGUGAAACGUGUUUUGUUCCUUGUAUUUAGUUAGAUACUGAAUCAGCAGAUUUUUUUUACAAACUGAAGUGAUCACUGAGUCUGAAAUAAAUCAUGUGAUUGUUGUAGGAUGUUGGUCAAACUUUAAAAAACGUAAUGUUUUGUUAUUGAUCCAGGAAUGUGCAUCUUUAUUUCAGCACUCAACCCAAAUUCCCAAAAUAUUUUAACUUCCCUGAAGGUUCAGUUUCUAAUAUUUGUAUUUCUAAACCACGACUUCAUUUCCAGUUGAAAGGUUUUGCUUUUUGUGUUGAAUUAUUUUUGUUUGAAGUUUGAUGUCUCAUUCAUUGGAGUAAAUUCAAAGGAAACUGAAAAAGGGAAAAAAGACAUUGAAAUAAUAAUUUGACAUUGUGAUUUUUGUUUGAAAGGACAAGUUAAUGUUAAAAUCCUUGAAUUGAAAAUGUUCCACUUGAAUUAAAACAAGGACAUUCAAAUAAGAGUUUUAAAUAUUAUUACAUUUUCUUUGAUUUAACAUUUUCGUUUCAGUUCUCCACCCAAAUUUGUCGACUCAUUAUCCAGUUUAUUUUUUCAGUUUCCUCCUGACAGUUCAUUUAUGGUCUGAUUAUCCCGAGAACUAAAAUCAUGUGUAGUAUUUCCCUUCACGUUUUAUUUCUAGGUAUGAUCAGAGUGAAUGUGUUGUAAAUGUGGAAUCGUUCAGAGCUUUGUCAACAUUCGACUCUGUGGCUUCAGUAUUUCUCAGAUUUGCUUCGUUGUUCUCGUUGGAAAUGAGCUUUGAGUUUUUCUUUCACGGUUCCGUUCAAGUUGCAGAGUGAAGCUCUGAUCGGACGAUUCUGCUUCUGUGACGUUUCACUGACGACGAAUCGACUCGACACAAACGUUAGAGUUACAUAAACUCACGGGUUCGACUGAAUGUUUUCUGUUCUUUGUGUGUCACUGAUGUUUGUGUGGUCGUUUUUGUGACGAUGAGUUGUUGUGGUUCUCAUACUGUAUUUAUAGCAUGUUUCUGAGUGAACGUCGGGUUCGAGACGCAGGUUUCCUGCGGCUGCUGAAAGUUUUAAAAGGUUUUCAACUUUCUCUUCAUCCACUCACUUUGAUUCGCGGAUGAGGGACGGCUCAGACGUUUUUAGGAGGAUGGACAAACAUAUUUCUUUCCAUUUCUCCUUUGUGAGUGAGAGUGCACAUAUAUUGACUAUGUAACUGCAUUAAAUUAUUUAUCCUGAA